GGGGGCAGCAGUGCACUAACCGUGUCUACUCUGCUGCACGAAAAGCAGGAAGCAGACAGAGCCCCGUGUGCGGUUAGCUCGGAGCUAAAGCUAAAAACACUUUGUUAAAAUGUCCAAAGGCCAAACGCUGAGAGCUUUGGUGAAUGAGCGGCUGACUGCGGCUGCUGAAGAGAUCUUUGCGCUGUUUGAAAGAACGAUAGCGGAGUAUGAGGAGGAACUGUGUCGCUCCAAAGAGGAGAACCAGAGGAACCAGGACACUCCACAGACUCCACGGAUUAAAGAGGAGCCAGAGGAGCAGAGCGUCAAACAGGAGGAAGACACGCUCCCAGCACAGCUCCCAGUGGGCGUCCCAGAGCCCAGUGCUGUCUGUGUGAAGACAGAAGAGUCCUCACUGCUUCAACAUAGACAAACUGAGCACAGAGAGGAAACACAGGGAGAGGACAUCAGCACAGAGCCACAUUUACACUCAGAGACUGAGGGACACAUGGCGCACUCCUCUGACACUGACAAUGAUGAAGACUGGAGAGCUCCAUUCAGCUUUUCAGCUGCACAGAUGGAGACAGAGGCUGAUGGAGACCAGUGCAACCAAGUCCAGAUCAGAGCCAGAAGCACCGCUGCACCGAACUCAGGUCUAUCCUCCAAAUACAAGUCUGCACCAGAGACCAGUGCCACUGUGAACUAUGGAGACAUGUCAGGCACCACCCAAGGAGCUGAGGGCAAGAAAUACAAAUGCCCCAUGUGUCAAAAGAGGUUUGAGACUGUGUGGAAACUACAAAGACAUAUUCGAGUUCACAGAGGAGAGAGGCCAUUCAGCUGUACUUUUUGUAACAAAACUUUUAACCAAAAGGCCCAUCGAGAUCAACAUGUAAAGAUACACACCGGUGAACGACCUUACAGUUGUUCAACAUGUGAGAAAACAUUUACCCAAAAGUGUUCUCUAGAUGCACAUGUGAGAACUCACACAGGGGAAAGACCAUUCAGCUGUUCAACAUGUGAGAAGACAUUUGCCAUAAAGUGUAAUCUAGAUGCACAUGAGAGAACACACACUGGAGAUAAACCAUUCAGCUGUACAUUCUGUGAGAAAACAUUUUCUCAAAAGGGUUCUCUAGAUGCACAUUUGAGAAUACACACAGGGGAGAGACCUUACAGCUGUUCAACCUGUGAGAAGACAUUUACCAUCAAGUGUAAUUUAGAUGCACAUGAGAGAACACACAGGGGUGAGACCUUACAGUUGUUCCAUCUGUAAUAAAGACUUUAAACAAAGUGCUAAAUUGAAUACACACAUGAGAACUCACAGAACAGAAACUGACUGAAAGUUAAUUCACUGUGUUCAUGAGAUGUUUUAAAGGGCCUAGAACUGUGUGUUGGAGUCUGCUGCUAAUGACUCCAUGUAGAUGUUUGGACCUGUCGUCUGUGGUUAAACCUCCUGGACCUGAUUUUGAACCAUAACAGAAACAACUCUCUGAGCCACAGCAGCUCGUGUGGUGUGAAGGUUCUUUUCCCGAACUACAACAGAAUGUCAUAGGGCUGCAGCCACUAAUCGACUGAGAAAAAAAUCCUGGUUGAAAUUGUAAUUAUAUUUUCUAAUUGUAAUCACAUAUCCGAAUUACAUCAAUAAAACACUUAAUGUAU